CUUCAUUCUUUUGGUCACUUCUUCGCACAUAUUCUUCACAUAAGAAAAAACAGUGUAAAGGAAAGCAAUGUUUGCCUACAUUUUGAGUUUCCUUUUGAUCGGCACUUUCGUGAGCGUAGAGAGCGCUCGGUUUGGAUUCACAGAUCCGGGCAAUGCUAACAAACUGAUCGACCAGUUGUUGGGUGUCGUGAAGACCAAAUACGGGGCCAAUUUGGACCCAUUCCACGUCCCGGACCAGCACUUGCACUUUGACAAGAAAGUUGCCCUCACCUGGUGGCACGGACAGUUGAACAUCAGCGAGGGUCUGAUCAAAGGGCUGUCGCAUCUGAUCCGAUCGGGCGACUGCGACAUCGGCACCGAUAAGGGCAAGUUUGUGGCCCACGUCCAGGUGGGCGACGCCAAUGUGGCCGCGCAUUUCCACGGCGUUAUGAAGCUAAACAUAUUUCACGCCACUGUUAACCUCGAUGUGUCGAUCGGUAAUCUGGACGUGAAAUUGGGUGUCGGUCUCGACGACAAGCAGAAGAUGCAUCUCAACGAGUUCAACAUCGAUGAGCUCAAGAAUGUUAAGAUUCACGUGUCGGGGCUGAAAAUCUUUACCCCGUUGGUCAACGCGUUGGCCAACGCUUUUGUCAACGUGUUUAACCCCCAGACCCGACAGAUUUUGGGCAAUUUGCUGAAGGGUAUCAUCGAGAAGGAGAUCCAGAAUAUUAAGAUCCCUCCCACAGCCAUCGCAGAGUACUAAUCUAUCAUUUAUAGGGGUUCGACUGUAUUCGGCAAUAUUCUUGUGUUUCGCGGUUUUUUCAUAGCGUCCUUAUAUUCAAUCGGUUUACCACUUCUUAACAUCUAUUUUAUAAAAAAGCGAGCGGUCGAGUCGGCGCCGGCAGACAAGAGCAACGAUACAAUCGCUAGUAAUAGUAGUGAUAUUAAACCUAUUGAGACGACUGGACCGACAACUCGUAUACCAAUCAUACGUUUCCAUCCUCCCCGACCUCCCGAUCCCGACGAAGACACUGGUGGUUAUCAACGUAAAUGGUUAUGGAAAUGGCAGAGAUAUGGACUAAAACCAGUUUAA